AAAUAUUUAUUCUCUCUCUCCCCUUCUCUCUCUCUCUCUCUCUCUCUCUCUCUCUCUCUCUCUCUCUCUCUAUGAAAUCAGAGCCAAGAAGAUGAAGCAAAGUUUCCUCCUCAAAGUGUGCGUUCUCUUCUUCAUCUUCAUCGUCUUCUCCUCAAUUCUGUCGGCAAAUCGAGAAGAACCCAAACAAGGACAAGAGGAGGAGUCAACGCUGAAUCUACCAACUUCCCAAGUUUCAGACACGCCAAUGGAAGAAGACAUAAACAUAUUGAUGGGAAUGGAAAACUGCGAAGAGGCUGACGAAGAAUGCUUGAGGAGACGAAUGAUGACGGAUGCUCAUUUAGACUACAUUUACACACAACAGCAUAAGAAUUGAGGCAUGCAUGCAUGCACGCACGCACGCACACACGCAUGGCCGACCAUGCAUAAUUAACAUAACAUAUACACAUAUGUAUGUGCGUAUAUGUGAGACUUCUAUAUAUAUAUAUAUAUAAAUAUAUGCAUAUGUAUAUGUUGGAGAAACUGAGGGUUUUCUCUCUAGUGGAUUAUGCUCUGUCACCCUUUCAUUGUAUUAUUAUGUAUCAUACGAUCCAUAUAUAUAUAACUAAUCGAAAUUGUUAGGUAUAUUUGCCUUUUUUAUGUGCCAUAGCUUUGAUGUAAUCAUAUAACAUAUCAUGGGCAUGCCAUUACUAUUGUACC